UCCAGUCUUACAGAUAAACCCAACAAAGCCAAGUUGUAGAGUCUUAUGUGGUUCUCCACAAUCUUAGAUACCAAAAACCAAUCAACAGUCAAAGACGAACCCCCAAAAAAAUCUCAAUGAAAAUCCUCUGUUUCUUUUUGCUCUCUCUUCUUAUUCACUCCCGCCUUUCUCUUUCUUCUUCCUCUUCUUCUUCUUCGCCUUCUCUCUCUACAUCCCAACUCUUCGAGUCUUGGUGUGAGAAACAUGGUAAAUCAUACUCUUCAGAGGAAGAAAGGCUUUACAGGCUUCGUGUGUUUGAGGACAAUAUGGCCUUCGUUAGCAAACACAAUCAAAUGCCCAAUUCUUCUUAUACCCUUUCUCUAAAUGCCUUUGCUGAUCUAACCCACCACGAGUUUAAGGCCUCUCGUUUAGGCUUUUCUCCUUUUCUCAGCUCUCAGCCUAGACCGAGUUCAACCUCAGAGACUGAGACCCUUCAAGUGAGGGACAUCCCUGCUUCGCUGGAUUGGAGAAAGAAAGGGGCUGUCACCAAUGUAAAAGAUCAAGCCAGUUGUGGUGCUUGCUGGUCUUUCUCAGCAACAGGUGCUAUUGAAGGUAUCAAUAAGAUUGUAACCGGAUCUCUAGUGAGUCUCUCUGAACAAGAGUUAGUUGAUUGUGACAGAAGUUUCAACAAUGGCUGUAAUGGUGGGCUCAUGGACUAUGCUUUUCAAUUUGUAAUCGAUAACCAUGGAAUCGACACUGAAGAAGACUACCCUUACGAACGUCGGGAAACUACCUGCAAUAAGGCAAAGUUAAAAAGACAUGUUGUGACAAUUGAUGGCUAUACUGAUGUGGCCCCAAGCAAUGAGAAGCAGCUACUACAAGCUGUGGCAGCUCAACCAGUGAGCGUAGGCAUAUGCGGUAGCGAGAGAGCUUUUCAGCUUUACUCCAAGGGGAUUUUUAAAGGCCCUUGUUCAACCUCUUUGGACCAUGCUGUGUUAAUCGUGGGAUACGACUCACAAAAUGGAGUGGACUAUUGGAUUGUCAAGAACUCGUGGGGAAGACAAUGGGGAAUGGAUGGCUAUAUCCACAUAGAGCGUAACAAUGGGAAUUCUCAAGGAAUCUGUGGUAUUAACAUGCUAGCUUCAUACCCGACGAAGACUAGCCCCAACCCGCCUCCAUCGCCCGCGCCAGGUCCUACUAAGUGUGAUCUGUUCUCUCGGUGUGGAGAGGGAGAAACCUGCUGUUGCGCUCAUCGCUUCAUUGGGAUAUGCUUGUCCUGGAAGUGCUGUGGCCUUAACUCUGCUGUUUGCUGUGAAGACCAUCUUCACUGUUGCCCCCACGAUUAUCCCGUUUGCGAUAUUCAAAGGAAUCAAUGCAUCAAGAGUAAUACUGCUAGUAACUCUACGGAAGCACUUGAACACAGAAGCAACUUUGCGAAGCCAGCUCGGUGGGGAUCCCUUGUUGAAGGUUGGAUUCUCUAAAGUCUCUCCCUUGCUAAUGGUGAGAAUAUUCUAUGUGCUAUGUUGUAGAAUCUUUAUCUUCCAAAACUAAAAAAUGGCAAUAUUUAUUAUGUAUAUUGCAUUAAAACAAAUGAUUUAUACAUUAGACCAUUGUAGUGUAACAGUCGAAAUUUCUGAGCCAUGUACUAGAGUAAUAAAUAAUGUAAUUUUCUUUAUAGAUAAUACAUUUUACACAU